GGGCUUGUCAAGCUCCAUCGAUCAGCUGUUUCUUCUGCACCGAGGUUUUCUUUCUACCUGUCCCUCUUGUUCCAGUUCGGGAGAUGCAGGCCAUCAAAUGCGUGGUAGUGGGAGACGGGGCUGUUGGAAAAACAUGCCUCCUAAUUAGUUAUACAACCAACGCUUUCCCUGGAGAAUAUAUCCCAACUGUGUUUGACAAUUAUUCUGCCAAUGUAAUGGUUGACGGGAAACCAGUAAAUUUGGGACUCUGGGACACAGCCGGCCAGGAGGAUUAUGACAGACUACGACCCCUUUCCUACCCCCAAACGGACGUGUUUCUGAUCUGCUUCUCUCUCGUCAGUCCUGCAUCAUUUGAGAAUGUCAGAGCAAAGUGGUACCCAGAAGUGCGGCAUCAUUGUCCUAACACACCCAUCAUUUUGGUGGGUACGAAACUGGAUCUACGAGAUGACAAGGACACAAUUGAGAGGCUGAGGGACAAGAGACUGUCACCAAUCACAUACCCACAAGGUUUGGCAAUGGCCCGGGAAAUAGGUUCUGUCAAAUACUUAGAAUGUUCUGCACUGACCCAGCGUGGCCUGAAGACAGUCUUUGAUGAAGCUAUACGUGCUGUGUUGUGCCCCCCACCUGUUAAGAGGGCUGGGAAGAAAUGUACUGUUUUCUGAUUUCUGCUAACGUUCAGACUGGACCAAACUCCUGCCACUUUUUUUCCAAAGAAGUGAAUCCCUGCCAGUUUGGAUCAUGGGACCGGAGACUUCCAGAUGUUUUCUGUGGCUUAGUGUUUUGUGAAUGUACUGAGCAUGGGGUGGGAGGGGAGGGUGGUACAGUGAGAUGUUCUGGCCUGCACUGAUAAGUUCACUUCUACAGGGAGGAGCAUUGUCAACAUUGGGCACCCACUCAGCCAGGUGAUCUGGUACAACUAAGCCCUAGGUGGAAACAUCAAUGGUAUCCUUAGCAAGGAUGUACGUGGAUCGUCUGAAAUUGACAUGGACGUUACGGUGUAAGGAAGCGGAACAUAGUCUGCAUGGGCCCGGGUGCAUUAAAUAAUCACUGCCCUGCUAAUAUUUCUGUUGCAUGGGGAAAGAGGGAAACUGUCCAACUUUCUUGUUCUGUGUUCAGGUUACAAGAAUUCUGUAGUAAAAGUUUUGAAUAUGUAA